GGCGAGGGCGGUGGCUUCGGGCUUUGCGCGGCGAGGGGCGCGCUCGCUUGUAGCGCUCGCCGGGCUCCCGGCGGUGCGCGUCAUGGCUCCGCUCCUGGCGCCGGGCCGGGACCGCGCGGGCCGGGAGGAUGAGGACGGCUGCGAGGCGCGCGGGGACCGCAAGGCCCGGAAGCCCCUGGUGGAGAAGAAGCGGCGCGCGCGGAUCAACGAGAGCCUGCAGGAGCUGCGGCUGCUGCUGGCGGGCGCCGAGGUGCAGGCCAAGCUGGAGAACGCCGAGGUGCUCGAGCUCACGGUGCGGCGCGUGCAGGGCGCGCUGCGGGGCCGGGCGCGCGAGCGCGAGCAGCUGCAAGCGGAAGCCAGCGAGCGCUUCGCCGCCGGCUAUAUCCAGUGCAUGCACGAAGUGCACACGUUCGUGUCCACGUGCCAGGCCAUCGACGCUGCCGUCGCCGCCGAGCUCCUGAACCACCUGCUCGAGUCCAUGCCGCUGCGCGAGGGCAGCAGCUUCCGCGAUCUGCUGGGGGACGCCCUGUCCGCGCCGCCCGCAGCCCCGGGGCGGAGCAACUGGCUCGUAGGAGGCGCCCUGGAGUCCCCCCUGGCCAGCCCCCGGGUCUCCGGGGAGGACCAGUCCUCAGACCUAGAGGAGGUCCCCGAGGUUGAACUGGGCCGGGCCCCGCCUGCCGAGGGGACGGACUCGGUGCCCGCAGCCCAGGGCAGCCUAACCGCUGCCCGCUUGGCCCAGAGUGUCUGGAGGCCUUGGUGACCAACGCCAACCUGGGGCCUGCGGGGUGGGCCCUGCCUUCCCAGCUUCCGUUCCCUCCUCCCUGGGGUCCAGAUGUGGCGGGCAGGGUUGUGGAUAUUUCCCGGUCCUGCUGUUCAGUCCCGCAUAACCAGUCCAGCCAGGCCCCUUUUUACUUGCGGGAAGAAUGUUUAUGCAUUCCCCCCGCCCCAGCCCUCUGGUGGGUGGAGGGAGGGAGCUACAGGCGGGAGGAGAAACCUUGUAGGGCUCCCAGGGUUCUCUGGGAUUGGCCUGCCCCAGACUUCUCAGGCGCCCUGUGGGUCUGGGGGCAGAGGUGAUGGAACGGAGGUGAGCCUCUCCUAGGUGCUGGGCACUAGUGUCCUGGCAGAAGGAGACCUCAGGCCCUGGCAGCCCUGGCCAUUCAGCCAGGACACGGGGGAGGCAUUCUGCAGGACUGCCCAGAGCUGCCACAGAGAAGCAGGGUUCUCGGUGUGUCUUGCAUUUAGCACACUUGAUCUUGUGUAUUAGGUUGCCAUCGACGGUUACAAUUGUGUUAAAUAAAGCCUUCUGGAGACGUAGUUACCCUUCUGAAGUAUUGCUGAAUGCUGUGGUGUCAUUAAGGUGUCAGUCAAAUGCAGAAAUACAAAGCCAAGCACAUUUUCCCCACAUCUAAUGC